UUCGAUUGUGGUGUUAAUGUUUAAUUAUUGACAGUUCUCUGGCCUAAGGUUUCACAGUCUUAGAGCUGUUGACAUUUGGGACCAGAUAAACCUGUGUGUGUGGUAUAGGGAGAAAGAGAUAUGUGACAGAGGUGGUGUUGGGAAACACAGUGUUCCUGGUCUCUGCCUUGAGACUCCGAUGAACCCCAUGCUCUCCAUGUGGUGUUCUCAGUGUCUCCUGGGGGUAUGCCCCUUUGGUUGAGAAUCACUGAUCUGUCCCCUUAAGUGGCUUCUGUUUGAGAGAGGGAACCUUGUAUGGGUUCCGAGGUUCUGUUCCGCAUGCAUUAGAGCCUGCUUAUGGAGUUCAAGUUCAGGAGUGUGCCUGGAAACGCACGCACGGGGCCCACGGUCCAGGCUGGGGCAGCCUCAGGUGACCAGAUGGUCACAAGAACAAAGAAAAUAUUUGUAGGAGGGUUGUCUGCGAACACUGUAGUGGAAGAUGUAAAGCAGUAUUUUGAGCAGUUUGGCAAGGUGGAGGAUGCAAUGCUGAUGUUUGACAAAACUACCAACAGGCACAGAGGGUUUGGCUUUGUCACUUUUGAGAAUGAAGACGUUGUGGAGAAAGUCUGUGAAAUUCAUUUCCAUGAAAUCAAUAAUAAAAUGGUAGAAUGUAAGAAAGCUCAGCCGAAAGAAGUCAUGUUCCCUCCUGGGACAAGAGGCCGGGCCCGGGGGCUGCCCUACACCAUGGAUGCAUUCAUGCUUGGCAUGGGGAUGCUGGGCUACCCCAACUUUGUGGCAACCUAUGGCCGAGGCUACCCAGGAUUUGCUCCUAGCUAUGGCUACCAGUUCCCAGCCCUAUUACCAUAUUUAAAUGCAAGCUUCCCAGCAGCAGCUUAUGGACCAGUGGCGGCGGCGGCCGUGGCAGCAGCUCGAGGAUCAGUCCUGAAUAGCUACAGUGCUCAACCGAAUUUUGGCGCGCCCGCUUCCCCGGCAGGCUCCAACCCGGCGCGGCCCGGAGGCUUCCCGGGGGCCAACAGCCCAGGACCUGUCGCCGCCGAUCUCUACGGCCCUGCCAGCCAGGACUCCGGAGUGGGGAAUUACAUAAGUGCAGCCAGCCCACAGCCUGGCUCAGGCUUCGGCCACGGCAUAGCUGGACCUUUGAUUGCAACGGCCUUUACAAAUGGAUACCACUGAGCAGGUGCUCCCGUUGCCAUCCCACUCUGAGAGCAUACCUGGAUGUCCAGGCAAGACUGGGCGAAGUUUCUGAGUGGCCCUUUGUUUAGGUGAUGUCCUCAGACCUGGAUCCCCACCAGCCUCACUCCUCAUCCCAAGCAGAGAUGGCACACUUUGGAUUGAGGGUUGACUACAUCUCAUCUCACCAACCUGCUGUAAUAUAUGACAACAGCUUUUAAACGUGUAUAUAAUCCAUGAUUUUGGUUUGGUUCUGUUUGUUUUUCUUGGUGGUCUCCCUCUCUCUACUCCCUUUCUCCCUUCUCCUUUUAAAUCUCCCUGAAUCACAUUUGGUAGUGAUUUUUGACUUAGUCUAGUGUCACCUUAGCUUAAUACCUAGAGAAAAGCUAACCAUAGUAUACUUGUUAUAUAUUAAGGAGUUUUCUUUUUUGCUUUAAAAGGAAUUUCGUUUUGUUUUGUUUUGAUUCUGUUAUCACUUUUAACGGAUGCUGAGAUGGUGAUGUUACUCUCCAUUUUUGGUACCAAUGCUGAGACUGUAAGAAUUUUCAUCUGGGACUGUAGCACACACUUAAGCAGAGUUGUGAUGUGCGGAGCGGGAGGUGGGCAUAGGCUCUCUAUGUUACAUUGUAGAAGUGACAUGCAGUUGGCUGCUAAACAGACUCUCUGGCAGUUCAUUUUUGUGACGUCUCUUUGUUAACCUAAGUCUAUUUUCGGCAAUAAGGUAAGGACGGCCAUGUUUUGAGGGUCCUCCUUUUCUAUGAGUACUUCUUUUUUUCUGUUCAAAGAGGUCAUAUUAUAAGGUUUUUUGAAAUUGUGAAUUCUAAAAAACAAAAAACAAACAAAAAAAGUUGUAAAUAUAAUUCCAUUAACUACAUAGAAACUAUUAAGAAAGAGAAUCAAACAUAUUUUUGUGGGGGAGUUGCUCCCAGGCAGUUAGGUGCCCUGGAAGGAGGGAGGGAGGAACCUUGCUGAAGCUGGUACUACACAACACAGGGCACCCAGCUGCCCGGGCCACCUGGGACUCCACUCUUAGCGCCUCUGUUGGUGUGGUAGACCUAAGAACCGCAUUAGCACCCUGCCAGCCCAGCAACCUCUCCGUGCACAGCUUAAAUGUUACGGUCUAGCUAGAUUUUUAUUUAAAAUAUGAAAAACUGCUUUUCCCAAGACAUUUUUUAAAGGAAAAAAAAACAAAGCUACAAUUUUAAUAUUUAACAUAUUUAAAGUUUCAAAGCACACCUGUUUUGGCUUAGGGGAGGGGUAGGGUGGGGACAUUCUUUUUCAGUCUUAAUUUUUAAAUAUCUGAUCAUUUUAUAUUGUCCAAUCAUUUCAGCACCUCCAAAGGGCCCUAGGGUACUCUGUCUCUCUCCUCACCCUGUCCCCCAUUCUGCCCCCAGAGAGGGGGCCCAUGGGCCAGGAGUGGAUAAGCCUGCAUGAAUACACCCUUUCUCCAUUCACUUUCUAUUUACAAAUUAGGAAAGCAACCUUUUGGUUUAUAUAUAUAUUUUUUUUGAUACCUCAGUGCUACAAAUAUCAUCAGAGAGGCUAUGGAAGAAUUUUUUUUAAUUUAUUGUAGAUGUAAACAGAAUUUUAAAAAUAAAAAGUAUAAACAUCACUGCACUGUGACUGGUGGGAAAAACGGACAGUUUCCUGUUUGCACAUGAUUGACAGUUUCCUGUUUGCACAUGAUUGACAUCUGGCUGUUAUAUGGUCCUCAGCUGGGGAAAGACACUUAGGAUGAAGGAUAUUUUUUAAUUUAACUUUUUUUUAAAAUAUUGGUAAUAGGUCGGCAACAGCAACUGUAGAAGUACAACUCAAUAGGUGGCAUUAAAGCGUAUUGUAGUGUGGAUAUAUAUUUUUUCUUUUUUAAAAUGUGAUAUUGACAUUUUAUUAAUAUUUUUUAAAUUGUUACGUUUAUAAAUUUGGUACUUAAGGCACAGCCAGUAUGAGACACUGAAUGCGACAUUUAUUAUAAAGAACUGCUGCACUCCUAUUUUUAUAAAUUUUACUAACAAUAGACUAACAUAGACAUUCAUGGACAUGGUAGCAUCUUCAACCUAAAAGCCUCCAAAAAGCUAAUUCAGAAAGAAAGUAAAGAAGCCUGCUUCCAUCAUAAUUAAAUUCUAAUUAAAAGCAACUUAAAAAGAAAGAAAGAAAAUCAUGUUCUUUGUUUUUUAAAUAAAAUGCUGGGUUGUUUGGGAAGGUUUUGGGUUUGGGUUGUUUUUUUGUUUGUUUGUUUGUUUGUUUUUGUUUCCAAACAACUAAACCGAGUAAAAUGCUGGAUGCUUUUAAAAUGCAAAACUUAUUCAAGUAAAAAAAAAUAACAAGGUAGAAGUUUUAUUCUGAAAAACAACAACAAAGAGACACUAAAUUCCCAGCAAUCAGUGUCUAGCUAGGGGAUUAAUUACUCUUUAGUCCAUGUGGGUGAUGUCCUGUCUCCCAACCCCCACCCAUUUCUCCACAUCCCCAUCACCUCAUAGAAGACUCUUUGUUGAUCAUUGUUUGUUAAUAAUGUAUAAAAUGGCUAUCUUGUAAGCGUGCUGUCUUGGUACUAGCGUAGUGACUUUUUUUCUCCUCUUUCUUCUAGUACAUAUUGAUAGGUAUAACGUAAUUAAGGUUUAAAAAAAUUAGACAUAGUUAUUCAGAUUUAGGACCAGUAAGGAUAGGACUUUCUCUUAUUUAUGAAAAGAAAAAAAUGCUAAUAAUUUGGGGGCAGUUUUUUCCUUUUUUUUCCAAGUUCAAAUUUAAUUUUAUUUUUGCUGAUUUGAUGUGGUUUCAACUAACCCAAGGUCUCACAAUGUUCAAAUGACGGCCGACUCUAGGUCCCUGCCCCCCUCUCUGUGAAGGGGUGUGCCAUACUACCUUAAAUGCAAACACUAGAUAUGCAAAACUGGAUUUUUUUAAUUUAUUUUUUAAAAGAGGGAGGCAUGGUAUAUUAAAAUGAUUUUACUAAGAGAAAAAAUAUUUUUUUAAGGAUGCUCAGAAGAAAUUGAUAAUCUGUGUGAAUAUGUUUUAGAUGUUUAUAUACAUUUUGAAGAGACCCAGUAGCCCAUAGCACAAAUCUUGUGAACAUCUGAUAUGUUUUCAAGUGGCUACCUAGGUUAAGGUUCACAUUAGUCCCCCUCCUCAUCUAGAAGUCCAUCUUAAACAGUUUUUGUAAGUUCUUUUAACACUGAUGUUCAUCCUUGUCAUUGUUUCCGUUGAGCUCAAUAGCGACUGUGGGGACCUUCUCCCUAGGGAAGAAACCCUCUUGGGGAACGGCACUUCCCUGGCAUUAUCAAAAGCCACCAGGGGACUCUGGCUUCCAGAUCCAUCUGCCUGAGACCCCAAGCUCCUCUCCUCCCCAGAGGGGAGAUGGAAUGACAGAGACUCACUCUUGGUCCCCUUCCUACUUCCGCCUGGAUGUGGGCUGGUGGAGAUGACCAAGCCUGGUCUCCUCCCCAGGAGCCUCUGUGUGUGGUUUGUAGCCUUCCUCAUACCCAUUGGGAAAACCAAACAGCCUCACACUAUCCCCAUCGCUCAUUGGCUUGAUUCAGACGAAGCCCCAAUAGGCCUUUGAGGCUUUUUUAUCCUUCAUAACCAUUCUCUUAAUUUGAACUUGUAGCUUGGGCUUUAAGGUAGCAUGGCUCGAUUGCUGUCCACUUAAUGUUUCCAUGCACAGCAAUUCACAGCCGGUGAAUGUUACACACAUCUUGCUAGACUAGUAUAAAAAUCAUUGGAUAAUUGUGGGUUCUAAUGACCUGAAAGGUGUUCAGUUUUGUUUUGGGAGGUUUUGGUUUUGGGGUGGUUUGUUUUUCCUUUGUUUCUUCAUUUGAAAAUUUGGAGGGGAUUAU